AUGGAAAACAGCAAUGUGUCCUUAGUUGAAGAUACUCAUCAUAAGUCACCGUCCAUUCAACAGACGACAAGAACGUCUCAUACCACCUCAGAACUUGUGCAUUCACAUGCGGUGAACCUUUCCAUGCCGCCUGGCGGGCCGACUCAUCCUUUUGGUUCCCUUAUACACCCAACCCCUACUUCUACUCCACCCCCUCUACCUUCUAUACAGCAGUUGCAACAAACAAGCAUUCAGCAACAACCAAUAACCCUUACCAUUAAAAUAACUCCAAAUAACGACACUGCAAAAAAAAACCGAAAGAAGAGGAAGCAUAAUUCGUAUGGAACUCCUAUAGAUUCUCCCAUUUCGUUAAAUAGGGACGAGGAUUCAAAGUCAGAGUCGGAAUAUGGUGACAACUUGAAUGAAUAUGUUACCAGAAGUGAGGCAUUCUCGGAUUACGAUACGGAAGAUUCGUCAAUGAUAACGCCAGUAGAUGCAUUAAAAAGAUUAUUAAUGCAAUUCACUGCUAUGUCUCCUAUGAGACUUGAAUCCAUAUUACCAGUACUUUUAGAUAACGAUAUAGAUGACCCUGAUAUUCUUCUCUUAAUUGAAAACGAACAAUUCCUUCGCGACCUUCGUGGUAAAAAUGGUUCUGAAAUUA